GGCGCGGCGCCCAGGUGAGAGCGCGCAGGCGGCGGCGGAGGAAGGUGACAGCGGGGAGGGCGGGAGAGCGGGGGGAGGACGUGCGGAGGACGUGCGGACAGAGCCGCAGACGGUCUGGCGGACGGACGGCCCGACGGGCGGGCAUGCGGGCGGCCGGACUCUAGCAGGGGAGCGAGGCUCCGGCCGCAGCCAUGGAGCGGCGGCUGCGCGCGCUGGAGCGGCUGGCGCUGGGCGAGGCCGGCGGCGGCCCGGGGCUCGACGGCCUCCUAGAUCUGCUGCUGGCGCUGCACCACGAGCUCAGCAGCGGCCCCCUGCGGCGGGAGCGCAGCGUGGCGCAGUUCCUGAGCUGGGCCAGCCCUUUCGUAGCAAAGGUGAAAGAGCUCCGUCUGCAGAGAGAUGACUUUGAGAUCUUGAAGGUGAUCGGCCGAGGAGCCUUUGGGGAGGUUGCCGUGGUGAGGCAGAGGGACACUGGGCAGGUUUUUGCCAUGAAAAUGCUGCACAAGUGGGAGAUGCUGAAGAGGGCUGAGACGGCCUGUUUCCGGGAGGAACGGGAUGUGCUCGUAAAGGGGGACAGCCAUUGGGUGACCACUCUGCACUAUGCCUUCCAAGACGAGGAGUAUCUGUACCUUGUGAUGGACUACUAUGCCGGUGGGGACCUCCUGACACUGCUGAGCCGCUUUGAGGACCGUCUGCCGCCCGAGCUGGCCCAGUUCUACCUGGCCGAGAUGGUGCUAGCUAUCCACUCGCUGCACCAGCUGGGCUAUGUCCACAGGGAUGUCAAGCCAGACAAUGUCCUGCUGGAUGUGAACGGGCACAUUCGCCUGGCUGACUUCGGCUCCUGCCUGCGCCUCAACGCCAACGGCAUGGUGGAUUCAUCCGUGGCAGUGGGGACGCCAGACUAUAUCUCCCCUGAGAUCCUACAGGCCAUGGAGGAGGGCAAGGGCCACUAUGGCCCACAGUGUGACUGGUGGUCGCUGGGAGUCUGUGCCUACGAGCUGCUCUUCGGGGUGACGCCCUUCUAUGCCGAGUCCCUGGUGGAAACCUACGGCAAGAUCAUGAACCACGAGGACCACUUGCAGUUUCCCCUGGAUGUGCCUGACGUGCCAGCCAGCGCCCAAGACCUUAUUCGCCAGCUGCUGUGCCGCCAGGAAGAGCGGCUGGGCCGUGGCGGGCUGGACGACUUCCGGAACCAUCCUUUCUUCGAAGGCGUGGACUGGGAGCGGCUGGUGAGCAGCACGGCCCCCUACAUCCCUGAGCUGCGGGGGCCUAUGGACACCUCCAAUUUUGACGUGGAUGACGACACCCUCAACCAUCCAGGGACCCUGCCACCGCCCUCCCACGGUGCCUUCUCCGGCCACCACUUGCCAUUUGUGGGCUUCACCUACACCUCAGGCAGUCACAGCCCUGAGAGCAGCUCUGAGGCCUGGGCUGCCAUGGAGCGGAAGCUCCGCUGUCUGGAGCAGGAGAAGGUGGAGCUGAGCAGGAGGCACCAAGGUACAGGGAGCAGUGGGCCAAGGCUGGGUGUGCUGGCCCUGGAGGCUGCUGCUGCGGGAGCGGACUCACCUGUGGGUACCACCACUCCUCCAGAGGCCCCGCACACUCCCGCAGACCAUCGGGAGCUGGAGCAGCUCCGGAAGGAAGUGCAGACUCUACGGGAGAGGCUGUCAGAGAUGCUGAGGGAUAAGGCUCCCUUAUCCCAGACGGAUGGGCCCCCGGCUGGUAGCCCAGGCCAGGCCAGUGACCUACAGCAGGAGCUUGACCGGCUGCACCAGGAGCUGGCCGAGGGUCGCGCAGGGCUGCAGGCCCAGGAGCAGGAGCUCUGCAGGGCCCAGGGGCAGCAGGAAGAGCUGCUUCAGAGGCUGCAGGAGGCCGAGGAGAGAGAGGCGGCCACAGCUAGCCAGAGCCAGGCCCUGAGCUCCCAGCUGGAGGAAGCCCGGGCUGCCCAGAGGGAGCUGGAGGCCCAAGUGUCCUCCCUGAGCCGGCAGGUGAUACAGCUUCAGGGACAGUGGGAGCAACACCUUGAGGAGUCUUCCCAAGUCCAGACCGUCCACACCGCCUCUGAGACCAACGGGAUGGGACCCCCAGAGGGUGGGCCUCAGGAGGCCCAACUGAGGAAGGAGGUGGCCGCCCUGCGAGCGCAGCUGGAGCAGGCCCACAGCAACCGGCCAAGUGGUAAGGAGGAGGCUCUGUGCCAGCUGCAGGAGGAGAACCGGAGGCUAAGCCAGGAGCAGGAGCGGCUAGAAGCAGAGCUGGCCCAGGAGCAGGAGACCAAGCAGCGGCUGGAGGGCGAGCGGCGGGAGACGGAGAGUAACUGGGAGGCCCAGCUCGCCGACAUCCUCAGCUGGGUGAACGAUGAGAAGGUCUCCAGAGGAUACCUGCAGGCCCUGGCCACCAAGAUGGCGGAGGAGCUGGAAUCCUUGAGGAAUGUGGGCACCCAGACGCUCCCUGCCCGGCCACUGGACCACCAGUGGAAGGCGCGGCGACUGCAGAAGAUGGAGGCCUCAGCCAGGCUGGAGCUGCAGUCGGCGCUGGAGGCUGAGAUCCGCGCCAAGCAGGGCCUGCAGGAGCGGCUGACGCAGGUGCAGGAGGCCCAGCUGCAGGCUGAGCGCCGUCUGCAGGAGGCUGAGAAGCAGAGCCAGGCCCUGCAACAGGAGCUGGCCAUGCUGCGGGAGGAGCUGCGGGCCCGAGGGCCAGGGGACACCAAACCCUCGAACUCCCUGAUUCCCUUCCUGUCCUUCCGGAGCUCAGAGAAGGAUUCUGCCAAGGACCCUGGCAUCUCAGGAGAGGCCCCAAGGCAUGGAGGGGAGCCAGAGCUGAGGCCGGAGGGCCGACGCAGCCUGCGUAUGGGGGCUGUGUUCCCCAGAGCGCCUGCUGCCAACACGGCCCCUACGGAAGGUCUUCCUGCUAAGCCCGGCUCACACACGCUGCGCUCCCGGAGCUUCCCAUCCCCCACCAAGUGUCUCCACUGCACCUCUCUGAUGCUGGGCCUGGGCCGACAGGGCCUGGGCUGUGAUGCCUGCGGCUACUUCUGUCACACAACCUGUGCCCCACAGGCCCCACCCUGCCCCGUGCCCCCUGACCUCCUCCGAACAGCCCUGGGAGUGCACCCCGAGACGGGCACAGGGACUGCCUACGAGGGCUUCCUGUCGGUGCCACGGCCCUCGGGAGUCCGGCGGGGCUGGCAGCGGGUGUUUGCUGCCCUGAGUGACUCACGCCUGCUGCUGUUCGAUGCCCCUGACCCAAGGCUCAGCCCGACCAGUGGGGCCCUCCUGCAGGCCCUGGAUCUGAGGGACCCCCACUUCUCGGCCACCCCCGUCCUAGCCUCUGAUGUGAUCCAUGCCCAAUCCAGGGACCUGCCACGCAUCUUUAGGGUGACGACCUCCCAGCUGGCAGUGCCGCCCACCACGUGCACUGUGCUGCUGCUGGCGGAGAGCGAGGGGGAGCGGGAGCGCUGGCUGCAGGUGCUGGGUGAGCUGCAGCAGCUGCUGCUGGAUGCACACCCAAGACCGCGGCCCGUGUACACACUCAAGGAGGCCUACGACAACGGGCUGCCACUGCUGUCCCACACACUCUGCGCUGCCAUCCUUGACCAGGAUCGACUCGCUCUUGGCACCGACGAGGGGCUCUUUGUCAUCCAUCUGCACAGCAACGACAUCUUCCAGGUGGGAGAGUGCCGGCGUGUACAGCAGCUGGCCUUGAGCCCCAGCGCUGGCCUGCUGGUUGUGCUGUGUGGCCGUGGCCCCAACAUACGUCUCUUUGCCCUGGCGGAGCUGGAGAACGUAGAGGUAGCAGGUGCCAAGAUCCCCGAGUCUCGAGGUUGCCAGGUGCUGGCAGCUGGGAGCAUCCUGCAGGCCCGCACCCCAGUGCUCUGUGUAGCCGUCAAGCGCCAGGUGCUCUGCUACCAGCUGGGCCCAGGCCCUGGGCCCUGGCAGCGCCGCAUCCGUGAGCUGCAGGCACCCGCCCCUGUGCAGAGCCUGGGGCUGCUGGGCGACCGGCUAUGUGUGGGCACCGCCGGUGGCUUUGCCCUCUACGCACUACUCAAUGAGGCUGCGCCAUUGGUGCUGGGGGCCGGUUUGGUGCCUGAGGAGUUGCCACUGUCCCGCGGAGGCCUGGGUGAGGCACUGGGGGCUGUGGAGCUCAGCCUCAGUGAGUUCCUGCUACUCUUCACCACUGCCGGCAUCUACGUGGAUAGCGCAGGCCGCAAGUCUCGUGGCCACGAGCUGCUGUGGCCAGCAGCACCCACGGGCUGGGGGUACGCAGCCCCCUACCUGACAGUGUUCAGCGAGAACUCCAUCGAUGUGUUUGACGUGAGGAGGGCAGAAUGGGUGCAGACGGUGCCGCUCAAGAAGGUGCGGCCCCUCAAUCCAGAGGGCUCCCUGUUCCUCUACGGCACCGAGAAGGUCCGUCUGACCUACCUCAGGAACCAGCUGGCAGAGAAGGACGAGUUCGACAUCCCAGACCUCACCGACAACAGCCGGCGCCAGCUGUUCCGCACCAAGAGCAAGCGCCGCUUCUUCUUCCGCGUGUCGGAAGAGCAGCAGAAGCAGCAGCGCAGGGAGAUGCUGAAGGACCCCUUUGUGCGCUCCAAGCUCAUCUCACCGCCCACCAACUUCAACCACCUGGUACACGUGGGCCCUGCCAACGGGCGGCCAGGCGCCAGGGACACACCCCGGCAGGCUCCGGAAGAGAAGAGCCGAGGUGCCCGUGGCUCCGGCCCACAACGGCCCCACAGCUUCUCCGAGGCGUUGCGGCGCCCAGCCUCCAUGGGCAGCGAAGGCCUCGCUGGAGACGCAGACCCCAUGAAGAGGAAACCUUGGACAUCCCUGUCCAGCGAGUCUGUGUCCUGCCCCCAGGGAUCACUGAGCCCUGCAGCCUCCCUAAUGCAGGUCUCAGAACGGCCCCGAAGCCUACCCCUAUCCCCUGAAUCAGAGACCUCUCCUUGACGACCUCCGUUAGGACCCACCCCAAUCCCAGGGCAGAAAGACACUUGGGAACGAAGAGCUUGAGGAAUGCCACACUCCGGCUGGUCCGGGACGUGCAAAUUCAGACUCAGGGAGGGCCCGGGCUGGGCAAUGACUGGGAGCCUUGCCUGGGUUCCCGGGACUUGGGGGUCCUGACUCCCAGCCCUCAUCCUGCCUUACCCCUCUGUUCCCGGCCCCAGCCUUUGCUAGCCAUUGGGAAUAGAAUGGCCCCUUUUGUCCUGGCGACCAGGGUGAAUGUGCCAAAGCUCUUAUUUCUAGUGCCAAGCCUCCGGAGGCUUGAAGAGUCUGGAUGAGGGAUGGAGAGGCCAUAGGUCUCUGGGAACAGGUUGGGGUCUUAUCUGUGGACUGUCGGGCUCCCAGCUGAGGCCAAGAUGGGGCAUGUCCUGGUCUCUGCUCAGCAUCUGGGUGAGAAAAACAGGCUGUGAUCCAGAGGAAGGGAGGAUAGAGGAGGAAGAAGAGGAUGUAGGUGAAGGAGGUGAGAGACAGGCAAGGGAGGAAGGAAGUGGAGGAGGAGGUGAGAGGAAUUAGAAAGGGGUAGAAGUCAUGCAGAGGAGGAGGGGAGAGGGAUGAAGGAGAGCGAUGAACAACAAAAGGAGGGGGGUGGAGAGGGAGCUAGGAGAACAAAGGGUCCUUUCUCCAGAGAGGGGGACAGUGGGCGGGGCUGACACUGUCAGCCAGUCCUCCCAGCAGGGAAGAGAAUCCUGGACAGGGAGGAGAUGAGAGGGUAUUUAUAAGGGCUUCUUGGUGGGAGAUGGGAACCCAGUGAGGGCCACUGGAGGGUCCCUGGGCACACUCUGGCCCUUCCCAGAAAGGGGGGUCCUUUUUCUUGAAGCUUCAACCAAUUGUGUAUUAGGGGAACCUAGGGGGCAUUUUAUUAUUGAUCACAGUCAUUAUUAUUGUUAUUAUAUUGCUAUUUUUAUUAAACCUCCCCCCACUGAAGGGCCGGGGCAAAAUAAAUAUUUAUCUUCUCAAAUGCCACAUUCCCAGGAAGGACAGACCCUGAUGCUCCGUCAGACAACAAGAAACCAAUAAAGGCAACUUUGUAAGCUG